UGCUGCUAACAUUUCUAAAGUGUCUUUUUGUGAUGCAACAUUUAGAAACACAUGAUGCAUGGAAAUCAGCUGUUGCAUCAUUUCCGGUUUAUUUCAGGCUGAGGUAUUUGAUGCAACCCCUGCUAGUACUCAGACUCAGAAAGAUAAAGCAGAAGGACUGUAGUCUGUCCAAAAAAGCUACAUAUAUCUGCCUGUCUACCUGAUUUAAUUCAAGCUGCCAGUGAGAUCACUACAUGCAUCUGAUAUCUUCAACACUGCAAUGCCGGCUCUGGCCCAGGCUGCAGCCAUGCCUCUUCUGGAAGAGAACACACUGUCUCAAGAGCAUCCACCUACCCUCCCCGUGGUCAUCAUAGGGAAUGGCCCAUCAGGUAUUUGUCUGUCCUAUUUGCUAAGUGGAUACAAGCCCUACCUGGACACUGCAACUGUUCACCCAAACCCGAUUCUGUACAGGAAGCUGCAGGAGGCCAAACACCUCCCUAUCACAGAACAGGAUAUGAAAUACUUGAGUGAAGGUCUCGAGGGACGAUCAAGGAAUCCCAUAGCUGUGCUAUUUGAUACACUUUUACACCCCAAUGCUGACUUUGGCUAUGAGUUCCCACCAGUCCUCAAGUGGAGGAGAGACAAGCAUCAACAAAUUCCACAUCUUGUUUUGGGAAAGGGAACACCUGGGGGUGCCUGGCAUGCAAUGGAAGGCUCCAUGUUGACUGUUAGUCUUGGCAUCUGGAUGGAGCUCCCUGGAGUCAACUACAGAGACUUAACCAAUGGGAAACGAAGAGAUGUAACCAGUGAUAGAGCCACCCCAGAGGAGAUCUCAUCCUACUACAAAGACUAUGUGAAGCUAAAGGGUCUGCAGAAGAAUUUUGUUGACAACACUUACGUGACCUCUGUUCAGAAACUUUGCAGAGGGCAUGAGCAGGAGGGUCUGGAAAAUGGGCAAGAAGAUCAAAGGGUGGUUGAUAGUGGGAAUGGGCACUUUGAGGAGAAUGGCAAAGAGUGUGAAAACAAUGGAGGAGGAGGCACGCUCUGGGAGAUCAGGGGUUAUCGACAAGUACAGAGCGACACUCAUGUCCCCUUCUCCCUGUUUGCUGAGAAUGUCGUCCUGGCCACUGGUGCAUCUGAUUCUCCAGUCAGAUUAGGUGUAGAGGGUGAAGAUCUACCUUUUGUGUUCCACAGCAUCUCAGACUUGGGUUUGGCUGUAAGCCAGGGAAAACUGGAUGUGAACUCUGAUCCAGUUCUAGUUGUAGGUGCUGGUCUAAGUGCCGCUGAUGCAGUUCUAUGUGCGCUUAACAGCAACAUCAGAGUGCUGCAUGUUUUCCGGAAGAACAUAGACAAUCCAGACCUCAUCUUUAAGCAGCUUCCCAAGACCCUGUACCCAGAAUACCACAAAGUGUACAACAUGAUGUCUUCCCAGACCUGUACCAAUGUGGCAUCCUUGUCCUCCUCUAACAGACCCCAGGCAGUUAGCAUUGCCUCUUCAGUAUGUGCCAAAAUGUGCCCUAAACCUCAGCUUUCUGCAGGGAGCAUUGCUGGAGGUUCUAGUAUCAGUCUCUUCCCCGAUUACACCAGUUUCCCUGAACACUGUGUGGUGUCGUUCCAGUCUGACAUGAAGUGUCUGCUACAAGGGGAUAAUUCCCUAAAGGCCUUCAAGAUCUCAAUGGCCUUGGUGUUGAUUGGGACAAACCCAAACUUGUUCUUCCUUAAAUGUCAGGGCCAGUACCUGGGACAAGAUCCGACAAGGCCGAUUUCCUGCAAGCAGAAUCCCAUCGACAUCAACCCUUACACAUUUGAAUGCACCAAGGAGCCAGGGCUGUUUGCCAUGGGUCCGCUGGUGGGAGACAACUUUGUUCGAUUUCUGAAGGGUGGCGCUUUAGGCAUCACCGCCUGUCUGCUGAAAAGACUCAAGAAGAGAGGAAAGCUCAUCAGCAACGGAGGGAACAACUUCAUUUAAAAUUAUCAGGAAAACAUCAGUCUGCUCCUAGCACACAGGUUUCAAGGAGAGAAAAAAAAUUGGUAAAACAAAAGCUUUUCUAUUUUUUUUUAUCAUUAAUAUAGUGUUUUACCAUCUAAGCUUAUAGGUUUUAUAUGUUCAUGAAGCCAAAAAGACAUUGGAUGUACACAAGUUUCUAAUGAAAGAAAAUACGACAGCUUUUAAGACUUGUCUGACUUCAUGAAGUCUCUAUAGGUUCAGGAUAUUAUGUGCCAAUGGUUUAUAGCUGAUCUGUCUUCUCAUAACAGUGUGGGACCUAGUUUUAAUCAGGGUUAUUUUUCCAUUCACAGCGUGUCUUCAGGCAAUCUACUAACAUUAACAUUAACAUUCAAAGCAAAGGACUGUAGAUUAAAUGUAUUCUGACAGUCAGUACCUACAGACAUAUAAUACAUGGACGCUGCUACACUAACAUAUGUUCUCAUUUGCAAAACAUAUCAUGUCACAGUCAUGAGUUGUCUCUUCUCUAUGACAUAAACAAUAGAUAAAUAACCUCUGAUCCUAAAGGUUAAUGUCAAAAAAGGGUCUUAAUGCCUCUGAUUAAUGAAACCGUUCUCUUUUAUUUCAGUACAUUCUCAUUUUGGCCUCAGUUGUAGGUUACUUGCUUAUAUUACAACUUUAAAUGCUUUCUAUGCAAAUACAGUGACCUG